GGGAGGUUCGGCGUGGAACGCCAGAGCUCGUACAUCCGCAGCAUCCGCAUCACUUCAACCGCUCCCCAGGUCGCACGUGCGCUUUCUUCCAACCCCAUCGCUGUUGUGCUCCGCGCGCUGCGGCGCUUCUGGCUGUUUCUGACAACGUUCUUCCUUGGCUUGCGUCUCGGCACGAACGAGAGAUUGCGCCGUUUUCUUGUUUUCGCCGCUCGUACCGACAUCGUGAUUUGAAAGAGCGAUCGCGUAAGGAAGUAGAUUCAACGCCAGUUUCGUUUCGUGUGUGUGAUUCGGGCUCCUGUGUGCGUGUGUUUCUGAAGUGCUCGUCCAUCUGGGCGGUUCAUGGAAGGGCGGCUCGCAACUGCUCUAAGAGCGUUCGUGCUCUGACUCUGAGUAGAGGCCGAUUAUUAAUAUUGCGAGAACAGGAAAGAAAAUUGGCCUCGCUGAUGUGGAGGGGACCUACGUUUGACGACUGAAACACUCGUAGUUUGAAAAGUUGUAGAACGGUGUCGGAAGAAGCGUCUUCGAGACGAACGGACGUUCGUGAUAUUGUGGAUUUGGAGCAUCGGAGUGGUUCGAGAGGACUAGGGAACUGCAGCCGACAGAGCUGUCUUUGCGGGGACAACAUUAAGAACUCUCUGCAACAUCAGUCUGGGAAGAAAACACUUGGAGCGUUCACGGGUUUGCCGGACCGCCGACAGGUGUGGCCAUAAAACACCGCCCAGAGGCCUUUGACGAGUUGGGGCCCCCGUCGAAAGCAGCAGCGGCAACCCGAUGAAGCUGGGCUUCAAGACCCGACAGGGUCACGUCUGGACCGGGGCAAGAGCGCGAUACCGAUGGGCGCUGGCGCUCCUUUCGCUGCUGGUGUUGGUGCCGUCGCCGGGGCUGGGUGACGAACAAGAGUACCGUCUCACGCGGUACCUCAUGUCCAACUACGACCCCGCAGUUCGGCCUUCAUUCAACUCGUCGCUGCCCCUCAGAGUGGACCUGGAGCUCGUCCUGCUACAACUGCUCCAAGUUGAUGAAAAGUCCCAGACAAUCUCAACCAACUGCAGGCUGACGCAGCGCUGGACGGACGCCCACCUCAAGUGGAACGCUUCGGACUUCGGAGGCAUCGGCGUGCUGCGCAUCCCGGCCGCGCAAGUCUGGAAGCCCGACCUCGUCCUCUACAACAAUGCCCGGGGCGACUACCGGUCCGGCCAGCUGAGCAGCAACGUGAUCGUGAAGUGGACGGGCGAGGUGGCCUUCCCGGUCCAGGCGGUCCUCACCAGCGCCUGCCAGCUGGAGCUGCACUACUUCCCCUUCGACGUGCACAACUGCCACCUCCACUUCGUCUCUUGGACCUACGAUGUCCAACAGAUAGUUCUGCAAAUAUUUGUAUACUUCCGGCAUCUAUCAUCGUUGGCGCUGCCUCCAUUCGACCCUUGUCCUCCGGCCGUCUCUCAGGUGGAGCUCGAACCGUCGCGGACGGCGGAAGCCCUUACCCGGUUCCAGCGCCACGGGGAGUUCGAGCUGGUCGGGCUCAGCGUGAGCCAGCGCGUGCACCAGUCGGCGACGGACGCCGGCGGCGCGAGCACGACCCCCUCAGGCAGCUCGGACGACGGCGGCGGCCUCGGGGCGCCGGCGGCGCACCGCGACGUCACGUACUCCGUGCGCCUGCGGCGGCGCCCGGGCUUCCACCUGUUCCACCUGGUGCUGCCGUGCCUGCUGGUGAACGCCCUCGCGCUCCUCAGCUUCUUCGUGCCUUGCGAGUCCGGGGAGAAAGUCACCCUGGGCAUCAACACGCUGCUCUGCGUGGCCGUCUUCCUCGUGGUCGUCAGGGACAGCCUGCCGCCCGGAGGGACCAUGCUACCGCUCAUCAGCGUCUACUACGGCCUGACAAUCUGCGUGGUGGCGUGCACGACGGGGCUCAGCGUGCUCACGCUCAGCCUGCACCACCGCGGAGCGAGGGGAGUCGAGGUGCCCCGGAGCCUGCGCAGGCUCGUCCUGGGCUUCCUUGCCAAGCUGUUCCUCGUCGGCUGCUGCGCGCCUCACGGCGACGAUGCGCAGAGAAAAAACCACGACUCCACCCAGGAGUCCAAGUCGUGUCGGCAGCCUCCGAGCCCGCCGUCCCAGCUGGACUCGGACAAAGUGGAGCUGGACCACAUCGAACGGUACAACUUCUCGCCGAGGCUGCGGCACCGCAAGGAGUUCUGCACGGGCCUGGGAGUCCUCGGGGGAGGCGUCGGGCCGCCGGCGCCGGGGCCCGCACCCCCGGGGGACGUCCCUUCCUCGGACGAGUUCGAGAAGCAGUUCGUGCGCGUCCUCGCCAAGGUGUACGAGACGAUCGAGAAGAGCGAGGUGCGCGUCGCCGAGCGCGACCGGAGGGACGCCCUGCGCACCGAGUGGCACCAGGUGGCGGCUGUGUGCGACCGCUUCCUGCUGGCCGUGUUCCUGCUCAGCACCGCGCUGGCCACCUUCCUGGUGCUCUUCUCGUCGCCGCCCGCCCUGCCCGCCGCCGUGGGGCCCUGACCGCAGGCCAGACUCCGCAGCACGCCACGCGCCUUCGCCCAAAGGACCAUCAUCUAAGGACCUCCGCGACCGACCGCGGGGCUGUCCUGGUCACGGAGCAGCGUCGUGUGGGAAAGGUCAAGCGCUCUGUGUGUGUCGGUGAAAGAACUCUGCCGGAUGACACCUCGGACGCACCGACCGUCGGCUCUCUCAUCACGGCCUGCGCGGAGUGGGAUCUGUGACGAGCGUGCCCCACGUGGUCUGGAACUGGGAAGAGCGCACUGCGUCUUGUCUCGCUGGCGGGACGUGUAGGAGGUAUACUUAACCGGGUGGGAAAACGGAUGUCGAUCCUUUUUUAUUCUUUUUUUUUUUAAUUAUUUACGUGGGUCUUUGCUACGAGUAACACCCCUGCCACGCGGCGAAAUGUAACGGCAUUUCCAUCGAAUGACGCUAAGUGAUGCGCCAGAAGUGGCGCGCGCUGGUUGGCCGAUUAGGUAUGGUCAUUUGGUGGAAAUAACAAUAAGUUUUACUCGCCCAGUCUGCAGUAUUAAUAGGGAGUUUUACUAGAUCGUUUUCAAAGGCCCUCUACCGCUACGAACGCGCGCUUCAGAGCAUGCAUCGAAGUGGCAGCGCGAGCUUCCGCUGCGAUUAUCUUUGGCCUGAAAACACAAUCUACUAAAACUCUCUAAUAAAUUUUACCGUGUGGUGGAACCAUGAGACAAAAAGAAUGAAAACAAAAGCUUGCACGUACAACUUUUUUUUUAGAUUUCUUUUGAUGCUACGAUAAUUCAAUCAUUUUCGGAGAUUAGCCAAUCUCGCACGAAGGUGAAACGACUAAACUGGUCGGUGCACUACGAUAUAUGAGUUCGUGAAAAACUCGAUUUCAGUUUCGGUUUUCUUAUUCGACUCAUCUGGAAUAAAAGGACGAGAAGCGGUCCUCCGGGCGACCUCUCGGAGAAGAAACGACU